AUGGCUUGGCAAUCUCCCUCCGCCAUGUCUGGGGGAGGAGGGUUCGUCGGACCGGGCGGUGAUGCGAAUGGGGGUCAUCCUCAGGGGACAGAAUAUACAUUACAAGGUGUCAUGCGCUUCUUGCAGACGGAAUGGCACCGACACGAGCGAGACCGCAACGCCUGGGAGAUCGAGCGCGCGGAGAUGAAGUCUCGGAUUGGCAAACUCGAGGGUGACGUCCGGACAAACAAGCGCCUACAUGAAUCAUUGGGAAAACAUGUCCGAUUGUUGGAAGCUGCAUUGAAAAAGGAGCGCGAGAAGGUCCGAAAGCUUACAAACAAUGAGGCUGUGGAGGACCUGCGGGAUCCCAAGGAAAUCGCCCGGGAGAGUAUUAAUGCUCUGAAGUCUCAACGACCGAAACUGUUAACCGACCUGGGCGACUUCGACCCUACCGCCGAAAAUCAACACGAAUUUCGACAGGAGACUGAGCGUGAUAAGUCACGGUUAUACCUAUCCAAAUGCUCGCAAGAAAUCGCAUACCACGUUAUCCCGUCCACACAUCCGGCACCCGACAUGGGCGAUCUUGAACUCUCAAACCAUGUGUAUGGCAACCAGCAGCUGUCCCAACAAAGCCUAGAAGAAGCAUAUAUGCAGCAGCAACGACAGAAGCAGCAGCAGGCCAAUAACCUUAUGGCACGAGAGGUUCCCAUGCAAAACCACCAACCUGUCAUUAGACAUUACCCAGAAAACGUUGCCCUGUCUCGCGCUCCUAGCCAGUAUAGUCUCCCAGCCCCCUCGCGAGACGUCGUUGACAGACGGCCCAUGGAGCAACAACAAACCCCCAUAACGACGCUCGAUGAAAGGAGUCUGGAAAAUUCUCUAGAGGAACGCGCUAGCUCAGACAGGCAACUGUACGACGGUUAUGGAUCUCAAGUGUCGGUUAAAGAAUCAACAAGACUGCAGCAGCCCGAUGAGAGCUCGGGAGAUACUGAUGGCUGGAACUUUGAUGACCCGACUGAUCAAUUACCCCAACCUGAACCGACGCCCACGCAUCAUCGGCCAGACGUUGAUGCCUUUCCCAAUGCAAAUUUCGUCCGACAAAAGUCUCCUUCAGGGUCUGGAUCGCUUUCGCACCGAAGAAAGAGCUCUGGCGCUCGACGGAAGAGUGAAGGUUCCGUCGAUCUCGGUACAGGGCCUUCCCAAGCGCAGGAUACCGCAUUCAAGGUUCGAUUCGCGCUACGAGGACAUCUGGACGUUAUCCGGUCCGUGAUCUUCACGGGUGGCGGCAGCCCGUCGGAACCCGAAAUCUGUACCUGCAGCGACGACGGAACUAUUAAACGAUGGAUCAUCCCAGCAAGUUACGGAGCCUUCGGUGCGCACGGGGCAAGCUCUAGCAGCGACUUGGAUAUUACAAGCUACUUUACACACCGAGGACAUGUCGGGGCCGUGACCGCUCUGGCUGCUUGUUCGCCGUCCCAGAACUUCUUAAACGGUGGCCGUGCGCUGGGUGAUGGAUGGGUCUUUUCUGGUGGACAGGAUGCUAGUGUGCGAGUCUGGGAACGGGGCAGGGUAGACCCCAAAGCCACACUGGAUGGUCAUACAGAUUCUGUCUGGGGACUCUGUGUUUUCCCCGGGACAGCAGGUUCGAUUUUCGGAGAUUCCUCAAAUCAUUAUGGCGGACCGGACAGGGUUAUCCUUGCAUCAGGUUCAGCAGACGGCAAGAUAAUUCUUUGGGCUGUCAGUGCGCCGCCUCAGCUCUCCUCACCGCAGGCUGGUUCUCGACGCGCUGGAGGAAGUAGACGCGCCAAUUCCAUCUCUUCUGGCUCAAACUUUCCAUCAUCACCGCAACCUAGCACCGCAACAACCACGCCUUUCCAUUACACCAUGGUCCGACAAAUUGUCCGGACGGAGUCCCCAUCACCUACGUGUAUCAGCCCGUUAUCCCUUGCUGGUAUCAACUUUGUCGUGUCCUACACGGACGCUUCGAUCCUUGUGUACGACACUCGGACCGGUGAAGAGAUAGUAGGCAUGGCGAGCCUCGAAACGUACAACGGAACUCGGUCAACAGGUGUCAACGCAGUUGUUGCAACUACAGUUGGGUUUGAUGGCUCAGCAGGUCUCGACCCUAGCCGAACGCUAGUAGACGAGGAGGUUGUUCACGGUGCCACCGGUUCAAGUGGUGUGGAGGGUGUUGUUAUUAGUGGUCACGAAGACCGAUAUAUUCGUCUAUUUGAUGCUAAUAGUGGGCAAGGCACGUACACCAUGCUAGCGCACCCUUCAGCGAUCGCAUCGCUCUCCCUUUCUCCCGAUGGUCGCGAGCUCGUGUCUGCCGGCCAUGACGCCAGCCUGCGGUUCUGGAACCUUGAAACACGAAGUUGCACCCAAGAAAUCACGAGUCACAGGCUGAUGCGUGGUGAGGGUGUUUGCUCUGUUGUUUGGAGCCGUGAUGGGCGAUGGGUCGUCAGUGGUGGCGGCGACGGGGUAGUCAAGGUCUUUUCGCGAUAA